AGUUCACGACAUAGAGAAAAGCAGCCAGCGGGGAUGGUUAGAUUGUUUGAAAAAAGCUAUUAAUAUUGUAAACAAGUUAAAUAACUGUUUCACUGUUUUGACUGUCGACGGAUUCACCUUAGACCAUGUCCGCCCAGGCUCAAAUGAGAGCUCUGCUCGACCAGCUGAUGGGAACAGCGAGGGAUGGUUCAGUGUAUCAUUGCCAGCCUACAUCAAUCUGCAAGGGAGUUGCAGAAAAGCCUCAUGUUCAUCGAGCCGUGAUGAGACGCGGCAGAGGGUCAAGUUCACCGAUGAUCGAGUCUGCAAAAGUCAUCUUCUCAACUGCUGUCCGCAUGAUAUCCUGUCUGGAACCCGUAUGGACCUGGGAGAAUGCACAAAGAUCCAUGACCUGGCACUCAGGGCAGAUUAUGAAAUAGCCUCCAAGGAGAGAGAUCUGUUCUUUGAACUUGAUGCCGUGGAUCACUUGGAGACCUUCAUUGCCGACUGCGACCGACGGACAGAGUUGGCGAAGAAGCGGCUGGCUGAGACUCAGGAAGAGAUCAGUGCAGAGGUUGCAGCGAAGGCGGAGAAAGUCCAUGAGCUGAAUGAGGAGAUCGGGAAGCUUCUGGCCAAGGCUGAGCAGCUCGGAGCGGAGGGGAAUGUGGACGAGGCUCAGAAGGUUCUGCAGGAAGUGGAGAAAGUUCGAACCAGGAAAAAGGAUGCAGAGGAAGAAUAUAGAAACUCCAUGCCAGCCUCCAGCUUUCAGCAACAGAAACUUCGUGUUUGUGAGGUUUGCUCCGCCUACUUGGGUCUCCAUGACAACGACCGCCGCUUGGCUGACCAUUUUGGUGGGAAGCUUCACCUGGGCUUCAUCCAAAUCCGAGAGAAACUGGACCAGCUAAAGAAAACAGUGGUUGAGAAGCAAGAGAAAAGGAACCAGGAGCGCCUAAAGAGGAGAGAGGAGAGAGAAAAGGAGGAAAGGAUGCGAAAAAGGACCAGGUCCCGCAGCAGAGAGCAUAGAAGGUCCCGUUCACGUGACCGCAGGAGGAGGCGCUCCCGCUCCUCGUCGCGGGACCGGCGCCGUUCCCGCUCUCGCUCCAAGGACAGAAAGAGGCGGCAUCGCAGCAGAUCCCGGUCCCGCAGCAGAGGGCAUCGUCACAGCCAUGAGCAGAGCUCCAGACAUAAGUCAUCCAGGGACCGCGAGCGCUCGUCUCGAGAUCGUUCUCGAGACAAGAGGGACAGCAUGAACGGCAGGUCGGACUCCCGUCGAGGGGAAGACAGGGACACAGGGGACUUCUGAAGACCAAACAGCAUCUGCUAUGACACACAGCCUCCUCCUCCCGUCUCUCACCUCUUGCUCCCUUAUGUUUUUUUGUUUUUGUUAAACAUAGUAGUUGCCUUUUUUCACCGUCUUCAUACCUUUGCUUUGUUUGGUAAUGCAGUCCAUGCUCACAACUAAGCUGUGGUAUGAAAUCACUUUUCUAGCACUGUUUCAAAUUUUCUGGAUUUGGGAGACGGUUGAUCUGUUCUUAUUUGAAGGCUGUAUUUGUAUUAAAAUAAGUCAACAAAAAAAGAGAAAUUAAAACACAGUCCAGGCUGCGAAUCCUGCAAUCAUAACAGCCAACUGAUUUUACUCCUCUAAUGAUAUAUUUUUUUUUUAUGUUUCUUUUAAAUAAAGGUCUGUAAAUAUGCGUUAGUCUAAAAAGGCCCGUCCUAUCUGGUUUUCUGUCCCUCUGAGGCGUUCUUUCUGCUGUGUCGUGGUAACAUGCUUCUCUUGAAUGUCUGUCCUGAUUUAUUACGUUUCUAAUUCAGACCCCAAACGGAUUUUAAAGUUGUAGUAUUGGGGGAAAAAAAAAUAUUUUAUGACCUCUAAAGUAAAAACUUGUGAGUUUUGCCCAUUAUUGGUUAAGAAUUUUUUUUUUUUUAUUAGUUCUGGUGAUGAAUAUCCUCUCUGCAAGUUUCACCUUCUCCCUUCCUUUAAUUAAACGGUCUGUAGUGUCGACAUGUGAAGGAUCAGAUGCAGCAGUGGCCUACUGGGAAUUAGAACCGAACCAGUAAACCGUAAUGACUGGCCCACUACAUUUAUCUAGAAUCACAUUAACUAGAUUUUAAUGGAUGCACUGCUCCCCAAAUGUGUUCAGUCGAGUUGGACUGAAAUUUUUCUUUAAAGUUACAAUAAAAGAAAACAUUUAAA